AUGCUUCGCUCCGGCAUCACCAACUACCAACUAUUUUCAUACGUGUUGACCUGUUUGAUGCUGCCGGCGACCAUAUUCGCAUUUCUGCCAAUUCUCACACCAUACGUCUCAAUCGGAGUCGUCCUUCUCUACAUUUACAUCUACAUUCUGGUCAUUUAUCUGACGAUUAAAGACGCAUGUGUGCCGGAAUUGACGCGAAAAAUCAAAAAGGAGGGAUUCAAGCGGAGGCCGUUCAAAUCCGAACCCGGAAGGCAUGUCAUCGAGAACAACAAAUGCAAUGUGUGCGAACUUGUUGUCGAGAAAUACACGAAACACUGUAAACGAUGCAACUACUGCGUCGGCAAAUUCGACCAUCACUGCGUUUGGCUCAACAAUUGUAUCGGCUCUGCAAAUUAUAGAACAUUUAUGUGGUUAGUUGUUUCGAUAUCAUUAUCAUCUCUAGCAGCUCUUUGUCUAUCAUUUGGCGUUUUGUACUUGUGGUUUUCGAAUAAGAACAGCACCGCAUUCACUUGUUUCGGACAAUUUACGGAACCGCUUCGAAUCAGCUGGUUGCUUUGCUGUGUUAUUUGCGGAAUUGUAUACAUGUUCGCGUUCGUUACAACCACACAUCUCCUCUAUUUUCAUAUUCGAUUAUGGAAGAUGGGAAUGACGACGUACAAGUUCAUAGUGAGUAAACGCCGGGCGAAGGUUUCGUCACUCGGCACAAUCUCGACGGUUUCGCGGACGAACACUCAAAAUACUCAGCCGGAUGUGCCCUAA